AUGGGUCGUUCGCGUGUCCGUUCGUUUAUCUCCAGCUUUGGAGGUCAGAAAAACAAUGACUCCGGCAAAAGAAGCAGGCUGUCAUCCAGUAACGCCACGCCGGAGAGUGUGACGCCCGCCGAUACACCACCCCGGUGGCAAACUCCUCCUCCCGAGCCAGCAUCAGCAUCGCCCCCGUCAGAGUUAUCACCAGUGGGAUCUGCGCCUCGAAAUAACGGAGGCUCCCGACCAGCAUCCAUGGUGUUCUCGCGCAAUCCGCCGUUACUGCAGCAGGCGACCGACACCCCGCCGGAGCUGUCGCCGAUUUUCUCCUUUCUGAACAUACAUACCAACAAGGUCUACCAGGAAGGCUAUUUUUUGAAAUUGAACGAUCUGGACACUCUUGGUCGACCUUCUGGUGAUCGGCAAUGGCUGGAAUGCUAUGCGCAACUUGUCGGGACCGUUCUGUCGCUAUGGGACGGCGCUGCGCUGGACGCAGCAGGUGGCGAAGAGGUCCCUGCCACCUUCAUUAAUUUGGCUGAUGCGUCAAUCAAAAUGAUUGAGACCCUGCCGAUCCGAAAUGGAGCGGUACAACCAUUGAAGAAUGUCCUAAGCCUUUCAUCUGCAGGCAAGAACCGAUACCUUUUGCAUUUCAACUCUUUCCACUCCUUGACGCAAUGGACCGCCGCGAUUCGUCUUGCGCUGUUCGAACACACAUCCUUGUACGAAGCUUAUACCGGAUCUCUGAUUGCUGCCAAAGGAAGGACGCUCAAUGGAAUCAACACCAUCCUGGCACCCGCGAAGUUCAAGUACGAAGAUUGGGCGCGCGUGCGAUUUGGAGCUGGAACUCCAUGGAGACGGUGUUGGUUUGUGAUCAGUCCGCCAAAUGAGAAAGAUAUGCAAAAGGCGCGCAAGAUGACCAAGAAAUCGGCAUAUGACCGCUUGUCCAUCCCGAUCACUGGAAACAUCAAGUUCUACGAGACCAAGAAGACCAAAAAGGUGACUCCGAUUGCCACUAUAACUAAUGUGUACUCGGCACACGCGAUCUACCCGCAGUCCAAGGCUUUAAUUGACGCAUCGACACUGGUGAAAUUGGAGGGUCGCAUUACUACCCAUGCAGAUGGCAGUUCUACGGAGGGUCUUGUGUUUGUUAUGCCCGAGCUGCAUGCUGCUGUGUCUGGGUUCGAGAUGAUGUUACGGUUCCUUUUCCCGACAUUUGAUACUUUCAAUCUAUACGGGCGUCCGACUCGUCUGGUGGCCGAUACGAAUCACAUCAAGAGUAUAAUGUUUGCAUUCCCGAAGGAGCGACGUUACGGUUAUCUCGAUGUGCUGGACAUCGCCAGCCUUCUUCAGACCCCCGGAAGUCAGGAAUGGAGCGAGGCAGAGUGGAGGAAUCAGUUAAAAGCUGCAACCCAGCGACGAAUUUCCGCAGGCAGAAGCAGAACCAACAGCGUCAACAGCUCGAAACCUCGUUAUCGCUCUAGCAUGUCUGGCCGCUACAGUGAUGUCCCCGUUGACCCACGCCGUCACGUCUCUGCUUUCCAGAACAAGCCCGAGUUGAACCAUUCCGCGGAGGCAGUAAUUCAAGAAGUUCCCAGGACCGACGAAUCGCCACUCACGCUUCACACUCGCGGAUUCUCUGACACCACCGGUUUCAAUAGCGCCCCCACGCCCGGCCGUGGAUUGGCUGAGAACUCCCCUCGCUCAUCUGCUCAAGACCUAGCGGCUCGUGAUGGAACUCCGAAAGUGGCUCCCAUUGCCGAAAACUCCAGCUCCGACAGUUUCCCAGCCUUUGAUAACGGAUACCUCGAACCUGUGAAAGAGCAACUUCCACCACCCACCCCUCCAUCCCCUGUUAUGAGCCCGCCCGCAUUUUCACAUGGCCCCAGAGCGAUGCCAGCCAACCGGCCGGAGGCAUCUUCGGAGCAGAGACUGCAAAACAACCGCAUGUCUCACGCUACUCUUUCUCAGCUCACAUCGGUAGGGGGAGCUGGGUUGAGCGCCGCUGCUGCCGCUGCCGCUUGGAAACAAUCGCAGCAACCAAGCGAGCAACAGCUUCAGCAACGCGAUGCCAACAGUAUCUACCACCCUAGUCAUAUUGCCUCUAACAAUGCUCUUGCACACUCCUCGAGCGAUGAAGCCAUGACCAUGGCACUCCCAGUUCGCCCGCCCAAGGUUCCGGAACACCGUCCCAACACCCCCAACACUGCUGGGAGUUCCUCCCCUCAGCAUCCACUUCCCCAGCGUACUCCCAUCGACAGCACCAAGUCCGUUCGACGCAAGCCAGUUCCACAGCGAGACAUAUUCGCCGAGUCACAAGGACAGGGUGAACCGAGCUAUGAUGACCUGCGGUACACCCUUGACGAGGAUGUGCUGGACAAAAUCGCUCCUCAUCUCCCGUCCCCUAUCUCGCAAACCGCCAGAAACGACGAUGAAAGUGUCUACGAUGAUGCAUCGACGAUCUCGCCCGAUUAUGCCAGCACCCAUGGCUCCGUCUACAGUAAGAAGUCGACCAAGUCGACCAAGCCCAGAAUGGGUGUCAUGAAGACCGUGGGUGUUCCCGCAGCCAAGGAUCUUGUAAUUGGCGACGCCCACUAUACUAUGGACAAAGCACCGACCUCAAACCCCGACAUCCCCAACGUGGAUUUCGGCCCAACUAUGACAUACAUGCCUACCACUGGACGCCCAAGCACCGGGGAUGCCUUGAAGAAGCCACUCCAUCAACGAAAGGGCUCGGAGGGAUCUAAGCUCACGAUCCCUACUCACCAAAUGGAUCAGGCUAAUGGAAGACCUUCAUCUCAAGAAGAAUACCGGCGCAGUAUGCUGUGGCAACCUGGAAUGGCUUCCGGUCGCCCUGUUACUCCUGGUGGUCUUACCCCAGAGCAAUAUGUGCAGCAACGGGCAGCUCCCAGCCCUCCGAUGCACAUGCACAACCGUACUCCAUCUGGUGCCACCAUGGUGCAACGCCCAGUAUCCGGCGAUUGGGCUCAGCUUGCCCGCUCUAGCUCGCCCAUGAACCGGGAUCCGAAUUACCGCCCCACCUCACCCAUGAACCGUGAUGCCAGCUACCGGCCGUCAUCUCGCGGUGCCACCAGCAUGCUCAACCACAAUGAUGCUUCAACUCAUUUGUCUGCCCGUGAGCAGGAGCAUGUCGCCCGCAUGACCGGCUCCUCAUUCUUCAACAUGAACAAUGACACUCGCAAGCCCCAGGCACCGGUGAACCCCGGUGGUCUCGUCUCUGCCAUUGACGCUCGCGAGCGCGAGAGGCGUGAGAUGAAAGAGGGCAUGUCAAACCAGAUGGUACAGCAAGCCAUUGCACAUCGCCAGCAGCACAUGAUGCACCAGCAACAGUACGCACCCCAGCCAAUGAUGCAGCAGCCCAUGUCACCCCAUCAGACUGCCUCCGUGUACCAACAACAUGGUGCCCAGGCGUCUAUGUACAACAUGCCCGUUGCUAGCCACACAUGGGACGCCCUCAACCAAAUGAACCGCCCUGAUGAACCUCGUCGAUCCUCCUGGUACGGUCAGCUUGCCCAGCAGACUCCUCAGGCUCCGUCUGUAUACCCGCAAAGUCAGCACACCCAGAACCCGGGGUUCUACGGUUACGCUAAAUAG